AUGGAUUCCGUCCCCGCCGCCGUCCCAGAGGCGAGUACUUCCGCCGCGGAGAAGAAGCCGCGAAAGCGCUUCGUCGGCGCUAAGCCUGGCGCGCGCGCCGGUGUGCGCCGUGUCGCAAACCAGGUGCCGGACGAGAUCUUGAACGACCCCGCGCUCAAGGCUGCGAUGGCAGCCCUUCCUGGAAACUACAACUUCGAGAUCCCAAAGACAAUUCACCAUGUGCGGCGCGAGGGUGUGCGUACCGUUGCAUUGCAAAUGCCCGAGGGUCUCAUGAUGUACGGCACAGCCAUCGCCGACAUCAUUGAGCGCUUCACUGGCGCGUUGCCGCUCCUCCUCGCCGAUGUGACAUACGGCGCGUGCUGUAUCGACGACUUCACUGCGCGCGAGAUGGGCGCCGAGAUGAUUGUGCACUAUGGUCACUCAUGUCUAAUCCCCGUCAACCAGACAUCCAUCAAGACAUUAUACAUCUUCGUCGAGAUUGCAAUUGACACGCCGCACCUUGCGCUCAGUGUGCGGCGAAACUUUCCCUCCUCCCGCACAGCGUUCGAGCGCGUCAUUCUUGGUGCUGGAGAGUCGGAGCCGGGUGCCAAGGUGGACAUUGCGCUUGAGGCGGGCGAUGCAGAUGCGAUGGCUUCGACCUCUACUGAGCUGCCGACGCGGCUAGCUCUGGUAGGAACAAUCCAGUUCGUCGCGGCUGUCCAGGCGCUCAAGGAGGCGCUGUCGUCUGCCCUCCCCCCACUUGACGUAGAAGGGGAGACGGGCGACGACGCGCUGGCCAAGGUCGCGCGUGGCGAGAUUGGCGUCUGGCGUGGCGCAUAUGACAUCUCUGUGCCACAAGUCCGCCCGCUCUCCCCCGGCGAGAUCCUAGGCUGCACGGCGCCCAAGCUCGGCGAUGUAGAUGCGCUCAUCUACGUCGGCGAUGGACGCUUCCACCUGGAGUCCAUCAUGAUCGCCAACCCUUCCGUGCCCGCAUUCCGGUACGAUCCCUAUUCGAAGAAGUUUACGCGCGAGGGGUACGAGCACGCCGAAAUGCGUGGUCUGCGUGGCGACGCGGUGCGGACAGCGCGCAAGAACCUUGAAAGCCGGGGCAGCGAGAGCUGGGCCGUGCUCCUCGGCACUUUGGGGCGGCAGGGCAGCCUUAAUGUCCUGCAGAAUGUGCAGGGGAGCGUGAGCGAGGGUGCAGGGGAGGGCAAGACGCCGCUGCUCGUGCUCCUGUCCGAGCUGUCGCCGCAGAAACUCGCCCUGUUCUCCGAGGACGAGAUCAGCACGUUCGUCCAGACCAGCUGUCCUCGCCUGUCUAUCGACUGGGGGUACGCGUUUUCGCGUCCACUGCUGAGUCCAUACGAGGCGAGCGUCGCUAGCGGCCGCAUUCCCGGGUGGGAGGGAAUCGAGGUGGCGGGCGCGAAAGGAGCAGGAGACUACCCGAUGGACUUUUAUGCCGACGCCUCGCUGGGUCCAUGGACGCCGCGGCACAGGCCACCGCGCGAGCCGCGGCCUCCGAGGGAGCCAAAGGAGCGGAGGGAGCCGCGGCCGACAGUCGUGGCUGCGUGA